UUGAGUCGGCGUUUUCUUACCAUUUUUAUAAACCCUACUUCUGCUCUUAUCUUUUUAACUCCGUAUAUAAUUUUCCCAAUCCCCAGUUUUCUCAACAACUCCUAUUUUCUCUCUCCUCUUUUCCGCCAUUGUUCAGUUUUUUUGUGCUCCAAUUUUGAGCCAUUGUUUCGUCUUUUUGGGUUAAAUUUUAGCGAAUCAGAUUCAUAAAAUUCCAUCAAAAAGUUAUAUCGAAGCUUCAAAUUGGUUGUGAAUGGUGGAAAUCUUAAGUAAUAGUAAUUACAUGCGAUCUUCCCCUUUCCUCUUCACAAGGGGGAUCGUCGCUCACUCUCUCUCCUCUGCUUCUUCUUUCGCUUUCGGUUCUUGCAUGGAAGGCUGGUACUACCGCUGCCUUGGCCUUGACCCGUAAAUUAAAUCCCCAAAUUUACGAUAGAGUUCAAUCAAUCAAUUCUUCAAUCUGGAAAAUUUUGAAAUUAUUAUUUUUGAUUUGAGAAAACAAAUCCUCUGUUUUUAUUUUAUUAUAAAUCAAUUUUUUUGAUCUGAAAUUGAGUUAUUGUUUUUUAUUUGAGAGAUUUUUUUUAAAAAAAACAAAAUCGGCAAAAAAAAAUGUUGCUAAGCAAGCAGAAGAAGGCGAAGGGUAAUCGGGUGUUGAUAACUGUUAACGUGGUUGGAAGUGCGGGCCCUCUGAGGUUUGUGGUGAAUGAAAGGGAGAUUGUGGCAGCUGUGAUUGAUAUGGCGUUGAAAUCUUAUGCUCGCGAAGGUCGUCUUCCUGUUCUUGGCUCGAAUCUCAAUGAUUUCCUUCUUUACUGCCCUAUUGCCGGAUCAGAUGCUUUAAGUCCUAUUGAGACAAUUGGAGCUCAUGGUGCCCGGAAUUUCCUUCUGUGUAAGAAGCCGCAGCCUCAGACUCAGACAGAGAAAGCUGCAAAGGUUAAGGGUGAUGCUGCUACCACUGAAGCUUCUAUUACAAGAAGGGGAAAUGGAAGCUGGAAGUCGUGGAUCAAUAAGACCCUCAUUCUUAAAGUUGCCUCUCAUUAAAGAUGGAUUUUAUACAGACUGCUUCUCUGGAUCCUAAGGCGAUGAUUAGUCUUGCAACUGUUGUAAGAGAUUUAAUUAUGCCCAUUUAACUACUUGUUAUUAUCAUACCCAUUUCAUUUGUUGAAUUGUAUGGGAAGGAUUUUCUACAGAAAAACCGAUUGAUUUUUAUUUUUUCCUUUUUUCUUUUGUCAUUUGAAAGCAAUAGUUUUUACGUCUAUUGUGGAUCAUUGAGAAUUCAAUAAAGUUCUACUACCUUUAUAUUUUUA